AUGAACUCCCUGCUUGUGAGAUCGAUUUUCGUGAGGAAUCUUACACGAACAAGAAAUUUUUGGCCCCAAGCACGAAUUGCGUCUUUUUCACGUCCGUUCGCUUCAAAAACACCCGACAAGGAAGACCAUGACCCCGACAAGCCUCUAGAGUACCUUCAGAGCAAAGCGGCUUCGUGGAAGGCGCAGGAUUCGACGCAAUACAAAAAUGUCGCUCCCGAAAUCGAAAUGUACAGCAUAAUCUUCAGCGUGGCGGUUUUUAUGAUUUAUUUCUGCUACCUCCGGGAGGAAAAUGACGUCGACGAGACAAUUAGCAGGCCGUUGUUUGAUUCGGUGCCGGGAUUGGAAGUGUCUAGUUUGCUGGUCAUGCACAAAUAUAACUUUGAUAACCAGAAGAGCAACAAAGAAAUCGAAGCGCGGAUGCGGGAAAUCGGCAUCGAUGUGGAAGCCGUCCGAAAAAGUUACAUGUCGUAA